CUCUCUCUCUCUCUCUCUCUCUCUCUCUCCCAGUCUAUCAGCUGAUGGUCGUGUAAAUGCCUGUGCACGCAGGAAGUGCUGGCAGGAGAAAAUAAUAAACUAAAGCACACACAGUGGAUUAAAGUCAUCGUGUGCUAAUGCUGUCGGCCUCCGAUCAGGUGAGCUACAGGUGAAGAGAUGGCACAAGCCUGGGGAAAACUAGUGAAACUGGAUUCAUUUCCUGCAUCGGAAGUGUUGCUUAUAAACAGAGAAUGCACAGUGGGAAGAAGAAAAGGAUGUGACCUCUCAUUCCCUGCAAAUAAACUGGUCUCAGGGGAUCACUGCAAAAUCACUCAAGAUCAGGACUCAGGAAAGGUGUGGCUGGAGGACAUGAGCACCAAUGGAACGGUGAUAAACAUGUCCAAACUGGUGAAGAAACAGACGCACUUACUGCAAAACGGUGAUGUCAUUUACUUUGUGUACAGGAAGAGCGAGCCAGAGCAGAACAUUGCUUAUGUUUAUCAGGCCAUCAUGCCAGAAGAAAGUGCCUCACAGGACACUGAAGAUGCUGGAGGAGAAGAGGAAUCCGAUCUGACCGAAACGGAGAGCGAACCGGCACCUGUAGAGCCUGUUAUUGUGAAGCCUUUACCUCAGUGUGGCCAUGAGGAACCCCAGCCAUCUACCUCCACUUCUUCCUUCCACUUCUUCAACAUGUCUUUGUCUACAUGCUCUGGUUAUGAGAAUGAAAAGCAAAUCGAGUCUUCAGGUUUUUCCCAGAAUGCCGCAGUAGGAAGCCCUGCGGAUGCAAUAGUGAAUCACUCCUGUCUGAAGAGAACUUUCUGGACUGAUGGAGGGCAGCAGAUGGAAACUGAGAGAAAAAGAAGAAAAAUUGAACAAGAUGAUCAGGUAGCUUUUGGAUCUACUCACAGUGACUCCUCGGUUUCUCCGGCAUCUCCUCAGCUCAGUUCCAGAGGAGCAGCCGGUAGAGAGCAGACAGAGGGAGACAAAACCGAUAAGAUGGAGGAAUCCCUUACAUGCAUCAUCUGCCAAGAUCUGCUGCAUGAUUGUGUCAGUCUUCAGCCCUGCAUGCAUACGUUUUGCGCUGCGUGUUAUUCUGGUUGGAUGGAGCGCUCAUCCCUCUGCCCCACAUGUCGCUGUCCCGUGGAGAGGAUUCGUAAGAACCACAUUCUCAACAACCUGGUGGAGGCCUACCUGCUCCAACACCCUGGAAAAUGUCGUAGUCAAGACGACUUGCGCAGCAUGGAUGCCCGCAACAAGAUCACGCAGGACAUGCUGCAGCCGAAGAUCGAACGUUCCUUCUCGGACGAAGAGGGAAGUUCAGACUAUCUGUUCGAUCUCUCGGAUAAUGACAGCGACACUUCUGAUUUGAGUCAGCCCUACAUGACAUGUCGGCAGUGUUUGGGUUAUCGUAAGGAGCUAAGUUCUGCCCUGUGGAUCUGUGAACCUGCUCCAUCAGAAGCUAAAGCACCUGGAGACGGCCCUUCCACAUCAUCUGAUAACACUACAGGUCCUCAAGAGUUCAGAUGUCCUCCUCAGGGUAACCACCUCAUCUGUACCUGCUGUCUUCAGCCCAUGCCUGACCGACGCUCUGAACAUCUGGCGCCGCAGAUAUCACCCCAGCACUGUAUGGUGUGUCAGAAACCAUUCUGUCAUGUGUACUGGGGCUGCCAGCGGAUUGGUUGUCAUGGUUGCCUGGCACGUUUCAGCGAGCUCAACCUGACUGAUAAAUGUCUGGAUGGAGUUUUAAACAACAAUCAGUACGAGUCAGAAGUACUUCGGAAUUAUUUGAGCUCAAGAGGAAUGACAUGGAGACACAUGCUACAGGAAGCACUUCAGGGUGUACAGCAAGGCUUGUAUCAUCUGUCAGAUUAUAGAAUUACCACAAACUCCUUCCUGUGCUAUUGCUGUGGACUUCGUACCUUUAGAGAGCUGGCGUAUAAAUACAGAGAACAUAUUCCUCUAUCAGAGCUACCAGAUGCGGUAACCUCCAGACCAGACUGCUACUGGGGACGCAACUGUCGGACACAAGUGAAAGCACAUCAUGCUACGAAAUUCAACCACAUAUGUGAGCAGACCCGUUUUAAGAGCUAAUGCGGGUGAAAUGCUGAAAGCCUCAUUCUUGAUGUUUGUGGGGAACAAAUCUGCAGUGGGCAGGUGUAAUACCUCUUUUUUCCACUAGAUGGCAAUCCCAAGUCUUGCCAUUUACAUUUGCAACGUCAAUCAAAUGAAUAAUGCAUCAGUCAUUUUUGAGCUGGGGUGGGUGUGUGGAAAAACUUGGAUCUGCACUUUGUAUUUCUUUCCUAUGCUAUUCGUGUCGUCCAUGUUUUUCAUCGUGAAACGAGACAAAGCUGGCAGUUGACACAGUAGCUUGUGUACUGUAAAUGUAAGUUUUUCUCAUGCAGAUGACUAUUAUACAGUACAGUAUACAACUAAAGGAAUAGUUUAUGCAAAAAUAAAAAUGCUGUCAGUACUUUUGGGAUGUUCUUAUAUUGUAUAAUGUUUUUUCAUGGGACACAAGCUGAAGUUUUAGAAUGAAAAAAAUAAUCACCCUUAAAGUGUAUAUUUAUCAUGCACUGUUGUAUGUAAAGUCUACUUAAUUUAUACAUAUAUUGUGUUGCUUAAAGGGUUAGCUCACCCAAAAAUGAAUAAUUUGCUCAGUACCUGUAUACAUUUCUCUGUUCUGUUAAACACAAAGGAAGAUUUUUGUAAUCAAGAUGAAAUUGACUUUCAUAGUACGAUUAAAAGAAAAUGGGAAUCAGUGAAAAGUGAUUAAAAUGCUUGAAAUAUCUUACUUUGUGUUCAGCAGAACAAAGAAAUGCAUACAGGUUUGUAACAACUUGAGGGUAAAUGAUGACUGAAUUUGCAUUUUUGGGUGAACUAUCCCUUUAAAACUUUUUAUAAGUAGUCCAUACAACAAACUAUAUUUAAACUUUACUGUAUUUAUAGUCUUUUUUAUUAGUUAGAUGGACUACCGUUUAUGUCAAGAGCAUGUCAAUGCUUCUUCAGAAAUUCAGUUCAAUUAUAUACAGAUUUAAAAUUUUCAUUUUUGAAUAGAUUGUUCCUUUAAGAAAUGUUUUGAUUGACUAACCUUUGGUGCCUAAGGGUCUGUGGGCAUGAGCAUAUUCUUGUAAAAAAAAAACGAGUGCUUCCAUAAAUUUCAUAACUAUCAUAGUUACUAAUCUGCUUAAUACUUUUAUAUGCUGCUGAGAUAAUAUAAGGUAAAAAUUUGAUGUAUGUUAUCAAAUAAAAGGGAUAAUCACGCUAAAGAGAUCAUAACGGUGCACUAUUGCAAUUGAGUAUCAUCAUCUAAACCGAUCACAAAAAAUUGUCUACUUGUUUUCUUAUUGUUACCACUAUGGAGGACAUUAAGAUCUGUGAUGUCACAGUUGAUGGGUGUGUUUUUGUUCACUCAUGUUGCAGGUCUUUUCGGGUGGGAUUUGACAAAACAGUGUUUAGAGAUUAUUGUAUAACUCAGGGCCGGCGCUUUGUAGCAGGCUUAAGAUUGCACUGCAGGUGAUAAUCAAGUCAAGUCUGUUUUUUUAUUAUAAAGUCUUAAAUGCUUUCUCAUCAUCUUAUAAUUAUAGCAUUUCUACCAUUUACUUGCUUUUGGAAAAAUGCAUAGCACUCCCCAGUUAGAUUGUAACUUAGUAGUGUUUAUAUAUGCACGCAAGGCCAGAUUUAUCUUCUUUUGCCAGUAUUUGUAAUAUAACUAACUAAUAUGUUUAGUGGGUUAUAGGUAUAUGUUGUGGCCAUAUACUAGUUUGAAUAUUUUUGACUGUAUUUCUUGCCUAUUAAAAUAGUUGUUCUUUUGAA